UCAAUGCCUGGGUAAUGCCCCUCCUCACAUACUCCUUUGGCAUACUAAGGUGGACUCAGACCGAGCUGGACGCCCUGGAUCGGAGGGUCCGAUCACUGCUCACCACACAUCGCAUGCUACACCCACGCUCGUCAGUUAUGAGAUUGUACAUCCCACGGAAGUGUGGAGGCCGAGGCUUCCUAAACGCCAAGGAUCUCCACAACCGCGAGGUGUACAAUCUCAGGAAUUAUUUCCUUAACAACGAGUGUGGGAUGCAUCGUGAUGUGGUGGCAGUAGACAGGAACCUCACGCCGCUCUCCUUGGCAAACGAGAACUGGCGCAAACCUGUGGUACUAAGUACUGCGGAUCGCAAGGCGGCAUGGGAGAAUAAGGUGCUACACGGGCGGUUCUACAAGGCCCUCACGGGACCCGAUGUGGACCUGCUCGCGUCGGUGAACUGGUUACGAUUCGGGGACCUCUUCGUAGAAACCGAGGGUUUUGCCUGUGCAAUUGCGGACGAAGUGAUGAUGACGAACAACUAUCGGAAAUAUAUCCUGAAGGACGGUACGGUCGACAUUUGUCGGGCAUGCCGCCGUCCCGGAGAGUCACUCAGGCAUAUCAUUUCCGGUUGUUCUCAUCUUGCUAACGGUGAGUACUUGCACAGACAUAAUCUCGUAGCCAGGAUUAUUCACCAGCAACUUGCUCUUCUAUACGGCCUUGUGGACCGCGAAGUACCGUACUACAAGUACUUACCUGCACCUGUUCUCGAGAAUGGUCGUGCCACGCUCUAUUGGGAUCGAUCUAUCAUCACUGACAGGACUAUUGUCGCCAAUAAGCCUGACAUCGUGCUGAUAGACCGAUCGCAGCGCCGGGCCGUGCUCGCCGACGUCACCAUCCCCCAUGAUGAGAAUCUCGUGAAGGCCGAGAAGGACAAGUCCAGCAAGUACCUAGACUUAGCUCAUGAGAUUACCGCCAUGUGGGAUGUUGACUCGACGAUCAUUGUUCCGAUAGUUGUGUCAGCGAACGGUCUCAUAGCGAAGAGUCUCGACCAACACCUAGAGAGACUCUCGCUGGGUGGUUGGAUCAAGGGUCAGAUGCAGAAGGCGGUGAUCUUGGACACGGCGCGGAUAGUCCGCCGGUUCCUCUCUCUGCAGCCCUGACCACCGGUAGCUUGGGCCUUGCCCCGCUGCUGGCGGCACCCUAGGUUAGGUUUUUUAUAAUGUGUUUAUAUAUUUUUGUUAUGUUUUGUAAGUGUUUUUAUAUUUUACUUUUAUACUCACAUUGUAAAAUCCUAACCUAAGACCCUAAUUGAAUAAAGGUGAUAAUAAUAAUAAAGGAUUCUCUGCCUCUGGCUUGCCUUAGCCGGCCGGCCAGAGUGGAGUCGUUAGAGCUAUAAGCUCCAGGGGUGGAAGUGAAAUAUGCAUAAGACGCGAGUUGGCACAGUGGCUGUUAACAGCCACUGGGUAGAAAGCGGCGCACACCUCUCGACACCCCUGAGCCGCUCACACCGGUGUUGCCCUUGAGCCAUCCUAGAUGUCGCUUUUUGUGGGGGCCCAUCUUGUGAGGGCGAGUCACCGUCUGCCGGAAAUAAAAUUGCAUACCGUUUUAUUAGGCAGGCGUCCGGUUUUUUACCCCAUAGCUCAGUUCUUAGUCCAUCGCUUUCACCCAAUAACCUAGUUCAUUUUAGAUUCCAUCAACUCUCAAUAGCCCUUUUGACACUUUAAUGAAAUGUAAGGGGUACACCGAGCGGAGGCUGCCCUUGCCCGUGUCAUGGGACGCACGCAGAGGCAGCACCCGCCAGGGUGUAAGGACUAUUUUUUAUUUUAUUUAUUUUAUUUAUUGAACACAAUGUAAGCUUACAGUUACAGACCAAAUCACUUACACGCUAACAUAUACAUUGUCAAAAUAGUAACAAUUAAAAACAUACAAAAAUAUAAAUACAUGCGCAUAAAAAUGUCAAACAAAUUAAAAAUUAUAUGAAUUAAAUGUCAAAACAGAUUACAAUACACACAUAUACAAUGUCAUGCAGUAUGAAAAUUUAAAAAUUGUCUAGCAGUUUUGCACAAGUUUGCUAAACGAUCGGCGAACAUGUCAGCGUCAACGUGUUGAGUGAGCAUAAUAUGUAGAAAUGAUAAAGCACGCGUGGUAGGUGCGUGCCUCGCGUAACAUGUGCGAGCGGACGGCCGCAGCAACACACACGGCCGGCGACGCGGCGCGACCGCCCCGUCCACAUCCCGCGGUAUCCUCCUAGGAACCAACAACCCUAUCUUCUCUAACACCUCAGGGCUAUCAACUUGGUGGUGAAUGAUUGAGAGAUAGUGCACCAGGAGCAACAACUUCCGCCUCAAUGCGAGCGUGUCUAGCCCAACCAUCCCCGAGACAAAGAUGGAAGGGUAGAGGUAAGGGUAAUAUCCAUAGGCUUUUUUAUACAACCAACGUGCAAAUUUUCGUUGUAUUUUUUCAAGCAUUAGGGAAUACUUGUCCUCAUAUGGAUCCCAGACAACCGCACCAUAUUCCAACUUACUGCGCACGUAUGCGUUAUAGAGAACCUUAGCCACUCCAACGUGAAAUUGCUUGGAUAUUCUCAUUACAAAUCCUAAGGUUUUACUGGCCUGCUUGCAAAUACUAUUGAUAUGCGAAUGGAAGUCAAAUUUACUAUCUAAUAUUAAACCCAGGUCUCGAAUUUCGCUAACUUUCUCCAAGGAGGAAUCCGCUAAGCUGUACCCAGUUUGAAGAGCAGAACGUUUACGCGAGAAAGUUAUCGCCUUACACUUUUUUACGUUAAAGGGAAGUCGAUUUCUCUCACUCCACCUGGCAGCAGCAUCAAUAUCAGCUUGCAACUCUGCGCUGUCGCUAAUACUACGAAUGCCUAGGAACAGCUUCAGGUCAUCAGCGAAAAGAAGACAUUUAGCAGCUCUGAUUGUGUCCGGUAAGUCAUUUAUCAUAAGGAGAAAAAGAGUAGGCCCCAGGGUACUGCCCUGACUCACACCAGACAGCGUAUAGUAGUCAUUAGACUCGAAGCCGCCCACCCUGACGUACUGCUGCCUGCCACUCAUGUAAUUAGCAAAGAAAUCUAAUAGCUUUGGUGUGAAGCCCGCUAGCGCCAGCUUGCUCAGCAAGACGUCGUUG